AUGGCAAAAGCUAUACCGAGAAUUGGUUCACAUAGAAAUGGACAUAUUGGUUCAUGUAAGAGUGCACGUAGAAUACCAAAGGGGGUUAUUCAUGUUCAAGCAAGUUUCAAUAAUACCAUUGUCACGAUUACAUAUGUACGGGGUCAGGUGGUUUCUUGGUCCUUAGUGGAUGCUUGUCAAAUCAAGGAUACGAGAAGAGGGACACCCUUUGUCGCUCAAACUGCAGUAGCAAAUGCUAUUCGUACAGUAGUAGAUCAAGGUCAAGCCGACACAAUAGGCAUUGCGAUACGAAGAGCUUUACUUGGAGAAAUAGAAGGAACAUGUAUCACAUGUGUAAAAUAUGAGAACGUCCCACAUGAAUAUUCUACCAUAGCGGGUAUUCAAGAAUCGGUCCAUGAAAUUUUAAUGGAUUUACAAGAAAUUGUAUUGAGAAGUAAUCUAUAUGGAACUUGUGAUGCGUCUAUUUGUGUCAGAGGUCCAGGAUAUGUAACUGCUCAAGAUAUCAUCUUACCACCUUAUGUAGAAAUCGUUGUACAUAACAUAUAG